AUGUCCAGCGCUGCAGCCCAGUACAAGAAGAAGGAUGGCACACUCUCCGUGUCGGCGGACGGCAAGACUGUGUCAUGGGAGGCUGUUGGCGGAGUGCUCCCGCCGCUGGCGAUAGCAAUAGUAGAUAUUGGGAACCUCCAGCAGACACCCGCUACCGCCUCGAAAGCCUCCAUCAAAGUCGUAGUUAUCGAAUCGUCGCCGCAAGCUGGGAACCACACCUUCACAUUUACCUCAUCAGCCGCUCGCGAUGAUCAGCAGAUGAUCAGAGGCCUGCUGCAGAAGGGAAUCGAAGCUGCAAAGGCACAGGAAGCUCCAAUCGUGACACCAGCAGCCACUCCUGGUGGUAAUGGCGGUGGUGCCUCAGCCGCCAUUACCAUGGCGCAGACAGUUGCCGCAUCUGCACAGCAAGACGAGGAUCUGUACGCUGAUGCAAAGCUGCUUGUCGACCUUGAGCUUCAGAUGUCUCUCCUGAACUCUAGCCCUGCACUGCGUCAGCGCUUCGAUCGCGCUCUGAGUGAGAAGCCUGCGUCUGUCACGAUGGGACAGUUUUCCAACCAGUUCUGGUCGACACGUUUGAACUUGCUACGAUCCCACGCCGCCGAGAAGACCCAGACGACUGGAUCAUACAACGUGCUUUCGGUGAUCAAGUCGAAGAACGUCAACGGCGCCUUGAUGUUGAAUCUGACCAAGGAGCAGAUCGAGGUUGUGUUUCGACAACAUCCCAUCGUGAAGACGGCGUACAAUGAGACGGUUCCACCUUUGAACGAGGGCGAAUUCUGGGAGCGCUUCUUUCACAGUAGACUUUUCAAGAAAUUGAAGGGUGAACGUAUACCUGACGACUAUGUUACAGACACCAGGCUCGACAAGUACUUGAAGUAUGAUGAGAACGCCGACAAUGCGCAGCAGAUGCUCGUUGGCAGUAUACCGUUGUUCAUCAACAUUGAAGGAAAUGAGCAGAAUCACAGUCAACAAAAAGGCAACCGUCAGGACUGGACUAUGGUUCCCUCGAGCAAUGAAAAGGCGCCAAUCCUGCGUGUUCUGAACCGCAUGAGCGAGAAGCUUAUGAAGGAGGUGCCUCUGGUGGAUAAUCCCCAUGCUCCUGCUGGACAAGACGAGGACACGUACAACGAGCUGCAACUGAGAGACUUACAGCGUGCGUCUGACGACAACAGAGUCAUGCUCAAAGUCCAGGACCAGAGUCGUUUCUUCUCUGCGGGACAGAGCGUGCAGUCAUCGACUAGCGCUGCGGCCUACACCAAGCGGACCCCAACGGAGGUGCUCUCAACGCUGCAGCAAGAUUUUGCAAGCAUCAAUACAAACAGCAGUACACUCGGGACUGACCUACAUUCGAAAAUUGCUAUCAAUGAUGACAGCGAUAGUGAAGAUGAAAGUGGAGCCCCGAAGAAGCUCAGGGUUGGUAGCAGAUCGGCACGAACUGCAGCGAAAACACAGAUCAUCGCGGCUAUCGAGAAGCGACAUUUGCAUGAGGAUGAAUACCCCUCGGCGAAGGGCGUUCUGAACAGCGAGCAAGCAGCGAAGCUGGGCAUUUCGGACACCAUUCUCGACAACCUCACCAUGACACACAACACCACAGUAGAGUUCCUACACUACUUCUGGGACGUGUAUCACUCUGGUAAUCCUGAGCGCGCCAACGAAGUCGCAAAACUCAUCGAGACUCUGGACAGAUCACUAGACCGCAUCAACGCCGUCGCAAAUGCUGCGGAAGCUGAGCGGACAGCUCGUAUUGAGAAGAUCCAAAGAGACAUCGAGAUAUAUAGGCAACAAACUGGAAAAAAGAAGAGAUUCGAUCCUGAGGCUAUCAAGGGUGGAGCGAUUGCCGUUGCUCAGGUCGUGCAGCCGCUGAAACGGGCUAUUGAUACUGCACGAAGUCAAUACCAGGCGGCCCUCAAUCAGCAGCUAGGUCAGGUCACUCCUUCGGACGGCUUGUAA